GUCCAGGUCAUGCUACAAGCUCUGACUGUUUCGCCGCCACCAGGCUACGAUGGCUACUUACAAGCCAUCUAAAAUCGUUACAGCACACUCACACACCUUAGUCUUGUCGAGCCUCCCGACAUCUUCAUACGGUACCAAUAUGAACACGUUGGUAUUCACGACAUACGACAUCAUUCCCUUUAACCACCAGAACCAUACUCACCCGCCCGAUUACUAGCAAUGGGCCGACUUCGCCUGCACUGCUGGGAUUCCGCCUCGAGGUCCAAAUAGACAACCCAUCAACCCAUUCAUCCUUAAUUUGGCAGGCUUACUAGGCCACUGAACUAGUCUUAUCGUGCCCAGGCUUGCCCAGGGCAUGUUAUUUUGGAAGGACGGAAUCCAGUGGAGAGGUAAUGUGUAGCUUGCGAUAAGGACAAUCUGGGGAUAGUGGAAUGCUCCAUGAAGC